AAACAAUCUUCCAUAUAGCAGUAGAUAUUCAAACACGUUUCUGCCACCCGACCCAGCAGUAGAUGACCUCGUACUUUGGGUGGGAAAAGUGCAAUGUUUUUCUAUCCACUCUUGUUUGUAUAUACAGUACUCCGUAGAUAGAUAGAAGAUGUGACGAUUUGUCCUCAAUUAACCCUUUUUCUCAUUAUCUGCUAUCUGCUGGUCAUAUUCUUUACUGGCACAGACAGGCUAAGAUCAACAAAGAAGACGAUAUGGCCACUCCUGCUUCCCCCUCCAUUGGCAUAAACCAACGCAGUCUUGUAUAUCCCAAACCGCUCUCCGUUUCUUGGAAAUCCCAAUAUCGUCCUCACUCUUUACUGCUUCCUAACAUAACCAGAUCAACCUCUGCUUCAGCUGUCGUCCCGGAGAUCAGUAGUACCCAUUCUCAAACAAGUGAGGCAAAUGUUGAGUUGUUUGGAUGCCCGGUUUGUUAUGAACAGCUAGUAAGAAUAGGCCCUUCGGGUUUUAAUAUACCUGCAAUCUAUAGGUCUGCAUUCAAAUGCAGGACGUGUAACAAGGCAUAUUCCAGCAAAAAUGUGUACAUUGAUCUUACUGUUAGUGCUGGAGCAAAGGUUUACAAUGAAUUUAAACCCAUUAGAACUGAGCUUUUCAGGAGUCCACUUGUUUCAUUUCUGUAUGAGAGAGGCUGGCGUCAAAAUUUUGCCCUAACUGGGUUUCCUGGUCCUGACCAAGAGUUUCAAAUGGCUCAGGAGUACUUUAGAGUAGCUCAAGGCGGCGUUCUUGUAGAUUUAAGCUGUGGCACUGGAUUGUUCUCACGGAAAUUUGCAAAAUCAGGCGUCUACUCAAGAGUCAUUGCACUUGAUUUUUCUGAAAACAUGCUGCGCCAAUGCUACGACUUCAUCAAAAGUGAUGCCAGUAUGCUAAGCUCAAAUCUUGCACUAGUGAGGGCAGAUGUUUCAAGAUUGCCCUUUUCUUCUGGAUCAGUUGAUGCUGUUCAUGCUGGUGCAGCAUUGCAUUGCUGGCCAUCACCGUCAAAUGCAAUGGCAGAAAUCAGCCGUAUCUUGCGUAGUAAGGGCGUAUUUGUGGGGACUACUUUCCUACGAGCCAGUCAAUCUACUCCUGCUAUAUUAAGAGCAUUAAUGCAGACACAGAGUGCUAUGGAAAGCUACAGCUACCUUACGGAGGAGGAGAUUGAAGACUUGUGCAGAUCAUGUGGUCUUGUCAAUUUUUUGAAGAAAGUUCAAGGAUCCUUCAUCUUGUUUUCAGCUCAAAAAUGCUGAUCUUGUUCUUUGUACUUGGAUGGUUUCAGCUAAAAGAACACAUUAAACUAAUGCUAGAAUGAUCAUAACUAUUUGAUCUUAGAUUUAAGAUUGUAAUGUAAGAUUGUAACUUGUAAGUGUAGGAAAAUAAUGAAAAGAAUGAAAUGUAUUUGUUUGAUACUACGUACUAUUUUAUAUAGAAAUUGCUCUAAAUAGGAGCAAAAACGUUUUGAAAUUCCAAAAUAGGAGUAUCAUGUUUUUUAUUCCCUGAAUAGAAGUAAUCUGCAGAGUUUGAAAAAAUGCCAUGUUUUAAAGCCUAGUAAUGCCAAACUUGGCAGAAAUUUAC